GAGAUUCACUUUAGUUGAUAUUAAAAUGUUAGAAAAAUAGAAGAAAUAAAAAGAGAGAGAGAGAGAGAGCGUAGGGUAACAGACAGAGAAGGAAAUGAAGAAGUCUUCGGGAGGCGCAGCUGACAAGAAGAGGGUCCGACGCUCCGCCGCACCAGAUCCCACCUCUGACGCCCCUCCUAGGGUUAGGAAACAAGCUGUCAAGAAAGACGUGUUCCAGGUGUUUGCUGAGAAGGUUAGAGACCAUAAGGAUUUGGUUUCGAGAUGGGCUGUUCUACAAGAGACGCGGGUUGAGUAUUUUAGAGGGAAGGAUUUUGUGAGCUUCUUGAAAAACCAUCCGGAGCUCAAAGAUAUUCUAGAAUCAGAUAGGAAUUUAGAAACAGAGGAGAUUGCUGACAUUCUACUUGCAAAAAAUCUUUUGGUGCGCUGUGACCGAGUUGUAAAAACUGUUCGUCCUGGGAAGAAAAAGUUGUCUACCUGGCCUGCUCAUUUAGAGAUUUUCCCCGAACAAGUAUUUUCUGAAAACGAUGCUUUUUUCGCUUGGACAUUUGUAAAACGCCAUCCACUUUGGCAGACACUGCUCUCAUUUUUCUGGCCUGUGUUAACGUUGGCUAUUUGCUUGUUUCCUGUGUACCCUCAUCGCUGCAAGCUAUUAAUACUUUACUCAUGCGCUGGGAUCCUUUUUCUAAUUCUCUCUCUACUAUUGAUAAGAGGUACAAUAUUUGGCGCUUUAUAUAUUCUUCUUGGAAAGCGAAUCUGGUUUUUUCCUAACAUCCUUGCCGAGGAAGCAACACUGCGGGAGUUGUUCAGAUUUUGGCCUAAGAAAGAUGAAGAGGAAAGGCCCAAGUGGACAACAAGGCUAUUCUAUGCUGGGGUAGCUGUGCUGUUCAUAUUAUUACUGAGGCAUCAUGCCCCCGAUGAAGCUGCCAGAGCAAGAUACCAGAAGAGGGUAUCUAACAUCAUUGAUGAUGUUCUUGAAUGGUCUCCAAGUUUAGCCUUGUCUGGGAUGAUGGACAAGCAACAAAAUGUGGCUAAUGCCACAGGGUCCGCCUCCGAUGCAAGCACAACUGGACCGGAGGAUGCAACUCCAGCUGAUGGUGAUGAUGCAAAAACAUUCACGGAACAGGAUAGUAAUACUGAAGAAGUGAUAGGGUAUGUGGAUGAAGAUAAACAUCAUGAUUAAAUUUUAAUCAUAUACCUAAAUGAAAUAUACUUAGUGACUAGUUCACAAUUUUCCUUUUGAGUGUAAAAGUACUAUGUAUGAAAUAAUAACAGUAAAAGUGAUCGCUUUCAAAUCGAUGCUCUUGAAG